AGCUUUCGAUUACAAUGUUAAUAUGCUUCUGUUAACGCAUCGGCUGCCAGGUUAAGCACCCUGCUCCGGCAUUCGGGAUGUUUUUUUUAUAAUUACAGUAAAAAUAAACUAUUUUUUAGAUUAAGAGUGUGUAGUUAGUGUAGUUUUAGCCAAUACCUCAAUUAGCGUCUUCCACCGCUGGCGAGUGCAGCGAAUGCAAGCCAACAAAAAAUCAAUACCGUUAACAACAACCGCGUAAAUUCCGUCAGUUUGACAGCCACUCAGUGAUAAGAACUAUGUGGAUGGACUGGCGCAGGCGCGCUCUCCCCCCGCCCCCCAAUCAGACCGCCUCCCCUCCAUCAGUACAUUACGCUCCUGAAUCUGACUCAAAAUUCUCAGCAGUCCACGUUCGGACGUCGUUGCAAGCAUUGCGUGCUAACGGAACUCCACCCGCUGCAUGUGCCGUUAUAAGCGUGUGAGUGUGUGUGUGCGAGUGUGUGAGUAGCAGCAGUGUGUGUGAGUGACUGAAAAGCAAAAAAACAAGACAAGAAAACGGUAAUACGGGAAAACGUUUAAAGGAACCGGUACGUCUGCCUUUAAAACACUUUGGAAAAAGACACAAUUUUUCGCUUGAAAGGCUGUAAUUCGAUUGGAGCCAAUAUACAGCGGCAGAUCCCGCACACCAGACCACCACCAACAACAGCAGCGGCAUCUCUCCGAGGCAGAGCGGGGCGGGACAGCACAGCAACAUGUGUGUGGCUUAAAUCAACUCUAAGCAGCCGCCAAUAACAACAACUUGAGGAAAUAGUUGGGACUCGCUGUUGGUGCUAUUGGGCCGUAAAAUGCAUUUACAUUUCGAGCGAAACAUCAAUACAAAAUGCGACUGCACGAUACUCUCGUUGUCAUGGAUGGGAAAGGUGCCAGAUGAUAUACCCGAGGAUGAGGGCUGGAAACUAAACCGCACCAACUACUACCAGGAGGGAUGGCUGGCCACGGGCAAUGUGCGCGGCAUUGUGGGUGUAACCUUCACCACCUCGCAUUGCCGCAAGAACAUGGACUAUCCUUUAAGGACCAACUACAAUCUGAGAGGCCAUAGAUCGGAUGUUAUUCUUGUGAAAUGGAACGAACCCUACCAGAAGCUAGCCUCUUGCGACAGCUCGGGCAUCAUCUUUGUGUGGAUCAAGUACGAGGGGAGAUGGUCCAUCGAGCUGAUCAACGAUCGGAACACUCCGGUGACCCACUUUUCAUGGUCGCAUGAUGGCCGCAUGGCUCUUAUUUGUUACCAGGAUGGGUUUGUGCUGGUGGGAUCUGUGGCGGGACAGCGUUACUGGUCUUCCAUGCUUAACCUCGAGUCGACAAUCACCUGCGGCAUCUGGACGCCCGACGACCAGCAGGUGUACUUCGGCACCACCCAGGGCCAGGUGAUCGUGAUGGAUGUUCAUGGAGCUAUGGUGUCGCAGGUGCAGCUCUCCAAUGAUGUGCCCAUCACCUCGAUGGCCUGGUCCUGCGAGAAGUUCAAAAUGGAGGAGGGCGAGGAGGCGGAACCGGGUGUAACCAAUGCGGCCAAACGCUCCUUCGUCCUAGCCGUUAGCUUUCAGAAUGGCUACAUCUACUUGCUAAAGUCGUUUGACGACGUCUCACCCGCACAUAUCAACACCUGCCUUAAUGGCGCCCUGGGAAUGGUCAUGGAGUGGAGCAACUCCCGCGAACUGCUGGCCGUAGCCGGCACCCUUCGUACAGGAUUAGAUGGUGCCAAACCGGAGGACUUGGGCACGCCCAGCAGUUAUACGAAUUUGGUGAAAUUCUACACGGAGACGGGCACGUGUCUGUACCAGGCCCAUAUACCCUGCACCAGUUCGACCGUAUCGGCCAUCACCUGGGGCCACAACGAUAAGCGGCUGUUCAUUGCCACAGGGACACAGGUACACAUAGCCUGGGUUUCACGCCGGGUGGCCUCCCUGCAGCUCCUCUGCCGGCUGGAGAUCCAGGCUAGCGUGGGCUCCGAGUCCCUGUUGCCACUGCUGCCGUUGCCUUCUAGGAUUAAGUCUCUCAUUGGCAAUCUGUUUGCUCAAACGAUACGAUGCUGUGUACCUGACCUAAAGUCGCUGCGUGACUUUGUUUCGCGACCACCGCUCUGUUCGACCCGGCUGCACUGCACCAUGAUCCGGCAUGAUGAUGACUCCAACCUGAGCUCUGGUACUUGCUAUACCCUCUACCUGGAGUACUUGGGUGGGUUAGUGCCGCUGCUCAAGGGAAAGCGCACCUCAAAGAUACGACCUGAAUUUGUCAUCUUUGAUCCUCAAGUUAAUGAUACCCCUUUAUACUUUCAAUACUCCGCCGAGGCCAAGAGCUCUUCGGGAUCUAGCCAGUCCACCACAACGGGAAACAGUGGCCGCACCGACUCCUCGGAUAGUGACUAUGACGAAAGGUCCCGCUACAGCUCACCUAGAACACCCAGGAAGAAGCGGGUGCGGCCGAAACGACGCCAGCAGACGGGCGAUCGGCUGAGCACUUCUGGCACCGGAGGAGGCAACGAUCCGGAUAGCCUGGACGAGCUGGCCUACGUGGAUACCCUGCCGGAGCAGGAAGUCAAACUGGUGGAAGUGACCUCCAACAUAUGGGGAACCAAGUUCAAGAUCCACGGACUUGCCAAAACCGUCCCAGCCAAUUUAGGCCAAGUAACUUAUAAGACGUCCCUACUGCAUUUGCAGCCGCGUCAGAUGACGCUGGUCAUAACAGAGCUGCGCGACGAUUUUCCACCCGGUCCCGAUCCCAGUUUCAACCCAAACAUCUUUUCCGAGGACGAGGACGAUCACCAGCAUCAGCACCAAGCCGGAGGCAAUCACCAUGAAACUGUGCCGCAGGUGAAUGUGACUUCGACGCAGGAAAUGGCUGCACUGAAGCCACCGAUGAUGCCACAACGUAGGCUGACCGAAGGCGGCUCCGCCCCGUUGAUAGCUCCCAUGUCUCCGCGUCCAAACAGAAUUUUGGCGCGGCACAAAAACUCAUUGACGGUGAAUGGUUCAGAGCGGGGUGCGGGAAACUCGCCGGGUAUAAGUCCUUUGGCACGUGCCGAAAGCUACGACGAUGAUUCUUCUAACGAGUCGCAGGAAGCUGGCGCAAGUGCCUGCCAGUCCACCACAGUUCUGCUGCACCAGGCACCCUCCAAUGGGUCGGGACCAGGGCCUAGCAGCAGCAAGAGCAUCACCAGGCCAAAGACCAUCAGUAGCUUCAAGAAUAGCUACAGUCGCUCUAGCUCGAAUUCCAGCUGCCAAUCCCGUCAUGCCAUUUCGCCUCUAUAUUGCGAUGGAGCAGUGCCCACGCUGCAGAGUCCCAAGAAUGCGGUGGCACCCUCAGAUAUAAUAUUUGAACGACCAGCUGUGCCAGCCGCUGGUCAGACCACUCUGAUGUCCUACUCAAGCAAUGCUGACUAUGCCAACAAUGUGGUGCAGGUGAAGAACGCGUUAAUGUCGGAGCCAGUGCGUUCGGCAAACAGCCAUGUCAACCCAGUGCCGCUAAACCUGAACCUAAAUCUGGAGCGUAUGGACGCACGUGUCAAAUGCAUGGUUCCCUCCUCUUCGUCAUCCUCUGCUGGGAAUGCCGCCGCCUCCACUAAGCGAAAGGAUAUGCUGUACAUCGAUGAGGAGACCCAAUCUCCUACGCCUACAACGAGCAGUAGCAGCAUGAAGCGAACGCCCACAGUGGUGUCUAUAGCUCCAGCCCUGCCCGACUCCAUAACGCGCAGUUGCAGUGUGGGAUACUUGGAUUCGGUGGCCAUCACACCCUCCGACGAAGCUCUGUCCGCCCUGCGAAAGGAUGCACCCAACAAACGCCUCAUUCUUGUGGACAAAAGGCGCAAUCGCAGGAAAAAGCAGCAACAAGAAGAUGCUCGUCGGCACAAGCUUCAACAGACGGGCAAGUCCAAGAGCCUGGACUCCUGCGAUCUACUCUCCCUCCAGACGAAGCUAUCCAGCAAGGAGCAUGAGCAGGUGGUUAGAAAGCUACAAGAGAUCUCCGACAGCAGUGCCUGCAGCAGUGCAGCCAACACGCUUUGCUUUAAGUGCCGCAAUAACAUGAAUCCAAGCAGUGCCUGCAAGCGAUGUCAGCCAUCGACGGGUUCUGUGCUGGACGAGAUAACCGCCGCUGCAGUCUCAUCGACUGAGCAGGCUAAGGAGCCUCCAGCUGUCGUCCAGGCCAAACCGGCGCCCAAAAAGCGCUUCGAUGUCAUCACCAGCUUCACUGACUCCCCGCUCUUUACUCGGAAACAUCGGUUUGGUUACGGACGCAACAAGGAGUCGGCUGGUACGGAGAACUCCACUCCUUUGCUAGCCCGAAAGCAGGAUAAUGGCUUUAGUUUUGUUAAACAACUCUCGGAGGUUCGCUGGCGGCGGAAGGAUCCGCCCCAGAACCAAGUAAAUGGGGCUAGUAAUAGCAGUACUCUGGAGAGGCAGCAGCCGGAAAGCAGCGGAUCUGCUUGUGGAACUGUAGAAGCCACGCCUGUGGAGGCCAAAGCAUCUGUAUCUCUGCAUACACAAGCCCUUACCACCUUGGAGAAUAUAAUAAGCCGACUUCGAGAUCUUGACGAGGGUCGUCUGACGCCUCCUUCCACGCCACAGCGACUACCACGUAGUUCUCCGGCCUCCCCGGCAGCCAGUAAGAAGAACAAGAGGCAGCAGAGCAACUCACCCAUAAGGCACAUCCUCAACUCACCGCUGCUGAAUCGUCGCCAGCGAAAAAAACAGAGCAUCAUCGAGAGUUCCGAUGACGAGGGUAACCAGACCAAUGGCUCUGGUGAGGAGAGCAAUAAUGCGGGCAAUGGCAAGCAGUACAGGGACCUGGAAACCUUUCAAAAGGCCCAACUGCGUCAAAAAUUAAAACGUGGAAAGAUAGAACCAAAUGGCAGUGCCAGUUGCGCCAAUCCUGCACCCGUGCGCCGUGAAUUUGUGAUGCACAACAAGGCGCCCAUGUGGAACGAGAUGAGUCAGGUGUACCAGCUGGACUUUGGAGGCCGUGUUACCCAAGAGUCGGCCAAGAACUUUCAGAUUGAGUUUCGUGGCAAACAGGUCAUGCAGUUUGGACGCAUCGACGGCAAUGCCUAUACCCUGGAUUUUCAGUAUCCCUUCUCCGCCCUCCAGGCCUUUGCAGUGGCCCUGGCCAAUGUCACACAGCGACUAAAGUAAACAUGGAUCAAGUGAAUAGUUAUCGUUACGCAUUGCUAGAUGAGCCUGUCGCCAGCUAAUUGCAGGAGUUUGCUUUUUUGGCCAACGCUAAAUAUGCAUACAUAUAUUUUUUAUACCAGCGAAUCGGUGGGACGACCAUUAGCGAAAAUUGCUUCUUAAUUUGUAUAUAUUGUAUAUUGUGUAUUGUGGUCUUUAGGUUUCCGAAUACCGUAUUUUUAGUGAUUAUGAACGUGAACACGUACCACCACUUGAUCGAAGGUUUUGCCAUGUGCGGCACAAUGAAGUACGAGUGCACGCACAUGGGUGUGCAAACUCACAGUCCGAUCCAUUUUGUGCAAUAUUUGUAUGACAAAUUUUUUGGAUU